UUAGUGAGAGAAAUUCCCCAAUUGAUCAAACGUGGGGCUCUCUCUCCGAGUUCAUUUAGGACACAAUUUUCUGUUUUCCGGCAAUUUUCACAAGAAAAGAAACCAAAGACAGGGAGAAACGGAAGGGGCAGCCGGAGAAUGUGGAGUGAUUGAGGGAGGAAAGAGAAUGGCAAUGUACAGACAAUCAGGAUGGACGGACAGAGUAGGCCUCCGAGGAGGAGGGGGAUGUCCCGGAGACAAUGGCGGCAGCAACAGCAACAGCAACGACCAUCACCACCACCACCACGAGGGUGGCGGUCCGCCUCCUGACUCAGUGAGCGUCCGAGUUGCUCCCCACCACAGGGUUGGUGCCGCUGGUGCACGCAACAGGCGUUCCGGCCGUUCGGAGAAGGCCUUGCUCAAGCUUUCCUCUAGAAGGGGCCUCCUCUUCAUCCUCCCUUCUCUGCUUCUCAUCUUUGUAACUUUCUUCGCCUUCUCAAUCCUCUCCAGAGACACCAAAGAUGUUCAACAUUUUUAUGAUCAAACUAAGACCAAUAGUAUGGAUAGUCUUUCAAAUGCCACAAAGAAAAAUGCAGCGUUCAAGGUUCUCAAAUUUGGACAUGGUUCUGUUUCACUUGGACGAGACUCUAGGUACUGGGAUGGUGAUGACAGGAGAAGAGACGAUGAAUACAAUGAAGAUGCUGUUGAACACUAUAAUGUGACCAUUUCUAUUUCUCGUGGAAGGAAGCAUGUCAGAGAGAAAUGGAAGAAACAAGAGGAUCCUUACAAAUCUGCAGAGGGCCAUGUUGUUACAAGUGUGUCUGAGAAUGUUCCAGUAAAGGGCACUUUUGGAAGGCCUCUUACUAAACAAACUUGGAACUAUAAAAAUAAAAGGUUGUACAAUGAAGGAGGUCAGAAUGAACUGAAACACUAUGAAGCAGAGUUCCAGGCAUCAAAAGAGAAAGAAGAGGGCAGAGAAAAAUAUUCAUCAAGUGAUUCUCACUCUGCACAGAAAAAUAAAAAUAAACUUUCUUCCAUGGAGGAUAUGGAUGAAGGGUCACAGAGUGACAAAAUUGACAUUGAUGAUGAAUAUGAUAUUGAUGUUCAAGAUAUUAACGUUGAUGAUGAAAUAGAUGGAAGCAAUGAUCAAACUGAUUCUUCCUUCCAGAAAUAUCAUAGUAAAAAGGAACUUGUUAGCGGCAUCACAAGGGAAGAUUCUUCUAUAUUAUCAGAAAGGUCUGCUGGUGAUAAAGCUCAAAAUGUGCAUAAUGGUGGUGCUGAAGGUCACUCUGCUAAGACUACCAGCUUGGGAACAAAGUCCUCUGUAAAAAGGAGAGGGAAGCGACACAAAAAUACCAGUGCCUCGUGCGGGAUGAAGUUCUUGAACUCAUCAUCACAUGUUAUAGAGCCUUUAGAGAGUAAGAAAUUUAUGAGAUUCUCACUGCAUUACACUGAAAGAGAGGAUGCACCUAGCGGGUUAGAAAAUUGGGAGCCGAGAUUUGCUGGGCAUCAAAGUCUUGAAGAGCGAGAACGGUCAUUUAAUGCAUCUGACCAAAGAAUAAAUUGUGGAUUUGUUAAGGGACCGAGUGGGUUCCCAAGUACUGGGUUUGACCUUGCAGAGGAUGAUAUGAAGUUCAUGAGUAGUUGCCACAUAGCUGUAUCAUCAUGCAUAUUUGGGAACUCUGAUCGCUUGCGAGUACCUAAUAAUAAAAUGGUUUCUCGUUUGUCAAGAAAAAGUGUUUGCUUUGUGAUGUUUGUGGAUGAGAAUACAUUGGAAACCAUGUCCCUAGAAGGCCAAAAACCUGAUCAAAUGGGUUUUGUUGGUUUGUGGAAGAUUGUGGUGGUAAAAAAUUUACCAUAUUCAGACAUGCGGCGAGUGGGAAAAGUUCCAAAAUUUCUUGCUCAUCGACUUUUCACAACGGCAAGGUACUCUAUAUGGCUAGACAGUAAGCUGCGCCUUCAAAAUGAUCCACUUCUUAUCCUGGAGUACUUUCUUUUCAGAAAAGGCCAUGAGUAUGCAAUUUCUAAUCACUAUGAUCGACACUGUGUUUGGGAGGAGGUUAUGCAGAACAAGAGGCUUGACAAGUUCAAUCACACCUUAAUUGACCAACAAUUUGAUUUUUACCAGGCUGAUGGGCUAAAAAGAUUUAAUGCAUCUGAUUCGGAUAAGCUGCUACCUAGCUAUGUACCUGAAGGUUCCUUCAUAGUGCGAGCACAUACAGCAAUGUCCAAUUUGUUCUCGUGUCUUUGGUUCAAUGAAGUUGAUCGCUUUACACCAAGAGACCAGCUAAGCUUUGCAUACACGUAUUUGAAGCUGAGAAAGAUGAACCCAGAAAAACCUUUCUACCUCCACAUGUUCAAGGACUGUGAGAGAAGAUUAAUUACAAAGCUAUACCGUCACAGAAAUGAGAACAAACGAAACCUUCCCUCGCAAGCAAUAGAAUGACAAUUUGGAGUUACCAAAUCAUCUGGUGACAAUGGGUUGUCUCCCAUGCAGUAUUGCAAAGACUUUCCUGCCGACCAACCUGCUGUGCUGCUCAGCCAUAAAAUCGUUCAGACGUCAUUGGCAGUUAAGGCAACAUGGUCCCGAUGGUCGAAAGUAAUUGAAAAGUUUCAGGUAGCAUUUGCAUAUUAUCGGCUACUAUUGGAGGCCAGGGGCAGAUGCUGCAAUUUUUCCAGGUCAUGCUUAUGUAAUUUUAGUAAAUUGGUGCUUUUCUUUUCCCAGUUUUGGGAUAUAUUCAUUUUGUUUGUACCAAUCCACAUCGAUUGUUUGGCUCACUUCAUUCCAAAGCACGUUCUCUUUCAGAGACGUGAAAGUCUUGUGGGCUUUGUAUUUCAAGUGCUGUUACUGAAAGCCAGCCAUUUCAAUUUGCUUUUGCGAAUUGGCUACGGUACAAAAGCAGCGCCUCAUGUAGAUGUUUCACCAGCCUUAUUGACCUUUAAUGUAAUUCUUUUUCAUUCCCA